UAUCAGUGUUGCCCUAACACUCCGCGUUGGCAGCGAACACUGAGGCCGUAACAAAAAAAAAGGGGAAGAAAAAAUCGCAUUAUACAUGGGAAGCCACCACCAGGACGGCGAGCGUUCAGGCGGAAGCAAUGGCGUGGUGGUGGACAAAGGUGUCGAUUUCGCUCAAUAUUUCUGCACUUACGCAUUUCUCUAUCACCAAAAAGAAAUGCUCUCCGAUCGUGUCCGCAUGGACGCUUAUUAUCGCGCCAUUUUUGAGAACAAACACCAUUUCCAUGGAAAAGCAGUGUUGGAUGUAGGGACAGGGAGUGGUAUUCUUGCAAUAUGGUCAGCGCAAGCAGGUGCAAGGAAGGUCUAUGCAGUUGAAGCAACUAAGAUGGCAGAGCAUGCCCGAGCACUUGUCAAGGCGAAUAAUCUUCAAGAUGUUGUUGAUGUUAUUGAAGGUUCCAUUGAGGAUGUUACUUUGCCGGAGAAAGUCGAUGUAAUAAUCUCAGAGUGGAUGGGAUACUUUCUUCUUCGAGAAUCUAUGUUUGAUUCAGUAAUAUGUGCUCGUGACCGCUGGUUGAAGCCAACUGGAACCAUGUAUCCAAGUCAUGCUCGCAUGUGGAUAGCACCUCUUAGGUCUGGAUUAGGAGAUCAAAAAAAAGGUGAUUACAUUGGGGCAAUGGAUGAUUGGUUUGACUUUCUGGACGACACCAAAAUUAACUAUGGUGUUGACAUGAGUGUUUUAACCCAGCCUUUUGAGGAAGAGCAAAGAAAAUACUAUCUGCAGACAUCACUGUGGCAAAACCUUCAUCCAAAUCAAGUUAUAGGGACAACUGCAAUUGUAAAGGAGAUUGAUUGUUUGACAGCCACUGUAGAUGACAUCCUCAACAUCAGAUCAAAUGUUAUGUCAUCUAUCACUAUGCAAGACACAAGGCUCUCUGCAUUUGGUGGAUGGUUUGAUGUUCAUUUUCGAGGAAGAGGGAAUGAUCCAGCUCGCCAAGAGAUUGAGUUGACAACUGCUCCUAGUAUAGAUAAUGGCACACAUUGGGGCCAGCAGGUUUUCGUUGUGCAUCCUCCUGUUCACAUCAAUGUAGGGGAUAACUUGAGUGUAUCUUUCAUGAUGAACCGUUCAAAGGAGAAUCAUAGAUUGAUGGAGGUUGAGAUUGGCUGUGAGAUUAGUCAGCCAUCUGGCAAACCACUUCCACCAUUCAGAAAUAAAUUUUACAUAGAGUAAGGAAGGAAAUAGCUAACAUUAUAGAAGUUUUAUCAUGAGCAAAGGUAUAUCUUGUAGCUUCUUUUGUCAAAAGGGUUAGGAAACAGAUAAUGAGUAUUAUGCUGACUUUAUACGCUGCUAUUAUUUUUGUUAUUCAGUUUUGUGGGCUUUAACAGAUGCGAGAAGCCAAGAAGUUCAGUAUACAUAGAGUUUAUUGUGUCAACCAAAUGUAACCAGAAUCUGCCAUUAUGCUGGUUGUAUACUUCUUCUAUUUGUAAUGUUUAUUUUGAUUAACAGUUUCUUGGAAUAGUAUUUAUGAUGAUUUCCAAAACUAACACUGAAAA